AUUUCCAUUUCCGAUACAAAUAUUUUUUUUGGAAGGCACCCUCUUCUUCUUUUGUAAGUCUUUUAUUCACAAAACCAUCUAUAAUUCAUUUGCUAAUUUGCUUUAAAGUUAAUCUGCAAUUUAUUCAAUCUUUAUUUUAUACUAUUAACCACUUUAUAAACUUUAAAUGCUUCUUUCAAGGUUGCGUAAGACUGUAAAAAGAUUGUCAUGGAGGGGGAAAAAAAUGACAUUAAAGAAUCAACAGUUGACGAUAAAGAUGCAAUUAAAACUCAAAACAAAUGCGACUCUUCAAAGCACAGAUUGCAAAAGGGAAAGGUCAUUUUUCAAUCUAUGAUAAUUGAUAGAGUAGUUCACAGAAGAGCCUGUAGAAAGAUAGGGUGUUACCAAAUAGUACUGGGAUGCAUUAUGGUAUUCUGUAACUUUUUAGGUGUGGUUUUACCAAAGCGGGCUGAGCUAAAGACAGCAUGCUAUCUUUCUGGUGGAUUCAUUUGUGGCCUUUCAGCAAUAGGAGCUGGAAUAAUAGGCAUAUAUGCUUCCAAGAAAGAUAACAAUAAAUAUCAGCUUACGGGGUGCCUUCUUGUGUCUAUACUAGCAUUGGUAUCUGCCGUAUAUGUAAUUGCAUUAGGGAUUUUUGGAUUGAGAACAUGCUACAAAUUAGGAAUUGACGAAUUGGACAUCUUUAUAUUAAUUUAUAUAGUUUUUGAAGUUACUGGUAUUAGUGAAGUGAUUUUCUCUUCUAUACAAUGUCAUAUUUGCUUAGGUGGUGAAUUCUCUUGCAUAGACCUCAAAUCGCCUCCAAAACCUAUAUAUGUCGAAACGACAGCAAUCUAUCCUCCUUGUCCAGCAGCAUAUGGCAUAGAAUUGCCCUGUGCUCCACACCGGAGGUUGGAUAUGUCAAUUAACGAUUACGAAGAGAGAUUACCGCCUAAAAAUAUGGAAUCCAAUAGCUUUAUUGAUUAUAGAGAUCUAAGUAUAUCAAUGCUUAUUCCUCUUAUUUUGUCAGCCACUUCUUUCUUCGUAAGUCUUAUAAUUGACUUAAUUCUAAUCAUUCACUAUUGCUUUGGAGAGAAGGAAUAUGCUGACGCUACAGCUGUCUUUCUGAUUUUCUCACUACUUCUCCUCUGCAUAGUAACCUUAUAUAUAUAUGUAUCCGACGAUUGCGGCUGGACUGAGAAGAGAACAUAUUUUGUUGAAUUAAACUUGGGAAAGAAAUAUGUUCCCAACCUUAAAAUUACAAUAUUGAGAUAUGUAUUUACAGUAUUGCAAUUGGGCGUGGUAGUCAGAUUUGUGGAGAUUUUGAUGCUAUGCCAUAGAUACAGUAAAAGUAAAGAUACUCGAAAGAAGGCUAUUCUCAGAAAGUUAAUUUGUUAUGAGAACUUUAGAGCUCGUCAAGCUGAUUUAAUCAAGGUUUAUACGGAAUCAACAUCGCAGGCCAUAAUACAAACUUCAAUUCAUGAAGGAAACUUUAAUGGUUUGAGAAUGCUCUCGCUUACCUGGUCAAUAUGCUGUAUUUCUUUUACAAUGAUAGAUUAUUUCGGAUCAAUUAAGACUGAAAAUAUUAGCGAAAAACUACCAAAAUGGAGGGGGGAAUGCUUAAGUAUUCUACCUGGAACUAUAAUUCAGUAUUUCUCCUAUUUGGCCUCUUUAUCAAGUAGGUGUAUAGCAAUUGGAAUGUUAGCUACCGCUUUUGGUUUACCGUGGGCUCUAAUUGGUCUUGCACUUCACAUGUUAAUCGUGUCAAUUCUCUUCGUUGGAUGGAGAAAUGUAAAUUUUCUAACAAUUGAACCUCAUGCACUUAUGGGAUGGUAUAGAAGUGGACUUCAUCCUAGUGUCUAUCCGAAAAAGCGUCUAUCUAUAAAUGUUUUACCAUUGAUACCAACUUGCCUAAGAUCUAAGGAUGAAAUUGAUGGUGAAGUUACUCAAUCAACAAACGAAGAAGCGGAAACAUCUUGCUAUAAAAGAAAAGAUGAUUCGCAUUGUCUACCAACAAUUGACGAAGUGUGUGAAAUUGAACCAUCUGCCUCUUCUUCUAUUCUUAUCGUAGAAGCCGAAGUUAGUCAAAACGAGCCUGCGUAUAGUACUUUCAGUGAAGAUUCUUAUAGCGAAUUCGAGGAUACUGCAACUAGUAAGAAAGCUAUUGAUCAGGAGCAGUCUUUCGUAUGUGGAAAAAAUACAGGACAAGAUGAAGCUGAAUAUGUUAACUAUACAGAUUGCGAAUUAGAUGGAGCCAGUCCUUAUAAAAUUAACGAACCGAAUACAAAUUCUGGUGGUAAGUCUAAAGAAAAUUCUAAUAAUUGA